AGCAGAUUCAGGAAGAUGAAGGAGGCAGCUGAUGACAAAUCUUAGCAGGUUCUAUGCUCCAGCUCAGGACAUCUGCAGAAGAAGAAAGCAGCAGGGAGAUCUCUCAGCUCAGACAGGCCGUGUUACAAGACGAUGCCCGACUCCUCGAUGAGAUGCUCUGCCAAGAAGUCUACAAGAAGGUCAUCAACUGCCGGGGCGGCUGGGGCGUGGCGGGGACGCCGCUGCACGCCGCCGUCUCCAAAGGCCACCUGAGCUGCCUGCAGGUGCUGCUGGGCCGCGGCGCGCUGGUGGACAGCGUGGACGUCAAGGCGCAGACGCCGCUGUUCGCAGCCGUUCGUGGGAAAUACCUGGACUGUGUGUUAGCGCUCCUGAAAGCCGGAGCUAACCCCAACGGUCACGCGGCCAACAACUGCUCCCCCGUCUUAACCGCGGCGCGAGAGGGCGACGCGAAGAUCUUGAAGGAGCUGCUGAACCGCGGCGCCGAGGUCAACUCCCGCUCCAAAGUCCUGCUCUGGACCUCCAGCGCCAGGGUCUCCAGCGGGCCGCUCUACCUGGCGGCGGUUUACGGACAUAUGGAGUGCUUCAGACUGCUGCUGCUCUACGGGGCCGACCCGGAUUACAACUGCACAGACGCAAAGCUGCUGAGCGCCAUCAAGCAGCCCAAAACGGUGCUGGAGAUGUGUCUGCGGCACGGCUGCGGCGUGGAGUUCAUCCAGCUGCUCAUCGACUUCGGUGCUAACGUCUACCUCCCCACGCUGAUCAUCGAGAAGUCCACCAAGCAGAACGAGGCCGUGGAGCUGCUGCUGGAGGAGAGAGGGAAUCCAAAGGCCUUGACCUCCCAGUGCCGCCUCGCCGUCCGAGCUCACCUGAAGAAGAUCAACAGGAUCCACCUCGUCGAGCAGCUGGACAUGCCGACGAGUCUCGUCAACUUCCUGCAACACAAGCCCGUCUCCGUCCCCGUGCUGUAGAGACAUCUUCGUGUCCUCAUUUUUAUUUCAAUCUGUGAACCAUCUCUGUUUUAAAUGACUGCUGUGCUUCUGUCUGAACAUUAAAUGUGUGAAUAAGU